AUGUCGUCCUCCACAUCCUCGCCACCUUGGGACUACAUUGCCAAGCUAGUCUGCAUUGGCGACUCGGGGUGCGGCAAGUCUUCGUUGACGAUACGGCUGUGCGAGGGCCGCUUCAGCCCCCAGCACGACGUCACCAUUGGCGUUGAAUUCGGGUCGAGGAUCGUGCCCGUCGGUCCUCCACACUCGAAAACACUGGGCACGUCGUCGGCGGCCAACGGUGACGGCGGACUGCCCGACCCGCCCAAGUCGGACGCCCAGCAGAAACAUAUGAAGCUAUCACUGUGGGACACGGCCGGCCAGGAGACAUACAAGAGCGUGACGCGGUCCUACUUCCGUGGCGCCUCGGGCGCCCUGCUCGUAUUUGACAUUACGCGCAAGCAGACCUUUGCCCACGUCACGGACUGGCUCAAUGACCUGCGACAGAUUGCCGAGCCCGACAUUGUCGUCAUCCUCGUCGGCAACAAGGCCGACCUGGCCCAGGGCGAGGAGAACAAGCGCGAGGUAACGGUCGCCGAGGCCGAGGAGUGGGCCAGCAACAAUGGCGUCCUCCAGUACGUCGAGACCUCGGCCAAGAGCGGCGAGGGCGUCGAGCUCGCCUUUAUGAAGGUGGCUGAGCGCAUCUUUGAUAAUAUCAAUGCCGGAAAAUACGAUCUUAAUGACCGGCGGAGCGGCGUAAAGGGUCCCACGCCCGGCAUGGGCGGCAGGAACCAGGUCAAGUUGGGAGAUCAAAAUAAAGGCUCCGGCGGAUGUUGUUAA